AUGGCAUUCGGAAAGCUCUUCACAUACCCGGGCAACCCCCGCUCCACGGCCAUCCGCGCCGUCGCGAAGGCCAACGGCCUCGACCUCCAGGAGGUUGAGACUGACCUCGCCCAGCCUACCGAGGAGUUCACCAAGGCCAACCCCCUCAAGAAGGUCCCCGCCUUCGUCGGCGCUGACGGCUUCACUCUCACCGAGUGCAUUGCCAUCGCCAUCUAUGUCGCCUCCCAGAACGAAAAGACCACUCUCCUCGGCAAGACCAAGCAGGACUAUGCUUCCAUCCUCAAGUGGAUGUCCUUCUUCAACAGCGAGGUCCUCCCCAAGCUCGGCAACUGGUUCCGCCCUCUCCUCGGCAAGACCACCUACAACAAGAAGGCUGUUGACGAGGCUGAGAAGGAGACCCUCGCCGUCAUCGCCGUUGUCGAUGCUCACCUCGCCAACAACACUUACCUUGUCGGUGAGCGCAUCACCCUCGCCGAUCUCUUCGCCACUGGCUUGAUCGCCCGCGGCUUCGAGUACUUCUUCGGCAAGGAGUUCCAGCAAAAGUACCCCAACGUCACCCGUUGGUACUCUACUGUCUACAACCAGCCUAUCUACUCGGCUGUUGCCCCCGAGUUCGCUCUUCUUGAUGCCCCCAAGUUGACCAACGUCGCUCCCAAGAAGGCCGAGGCUCCCAAGCCCGCUGCCCCCAAGGCUGCCCCCAAGCCCGCUGCUCCUGCUGCCGAGGAGCCCGCUGAGGCCCCCAAGCCCAAGCACCCCCUUGAGGCCCUUCCCAAGGCCACCUUCCCUCUUGAUGAGUGGAAGCGUCAGUACUCCAACGUUGACACCCCCGAGGCCCUAAAGUGGUUCUGGGAGAACGUUCCCUUCAACGAGUACUCCAUCUGGAAGUGCCGUUACAAGUACAACGAUGAGCUUACCCUGACUUUCAUGUCCAACAACCUCAUCGGUGGCCUUAACACCCGCCUCGAGGCUUCCCGCAAGUACCUCUUCGGCUGCGCCUCCGUCUACGGCACCAACAACGACUCCAUCAUCGAGGGUGCUUUCGUCAUCCGCGGUGACGACUACGUCCCCGUCUUUGACGUCGCUCCCGAUUAUGAGAGCUACGAGUUCACCAAGCUCGACCCCUCCAAGCCCGAGGACCGCGAGUACGUGGAUGCUCAGUGGACCUGGGAGAAGCCCAUUGUCGAGAACGGCAAGGAGUACCCCCACGCCUCUGGCAAGGUUUUCAAAUAA